AUGAAUCCUGCUGGGCAGUAUAUAAAUGCACUUAUAGUGAUAUUGCCUAAGAUUUGGAAGGUGGAGGAUCGUGUCGCUGGUACUGACCUGGGGUUUGGACGGUUCCAGUUUGAUUUUGUGGAGGAGGAAGAUAUUGAGGCAGUACUGAAGAUGCAGCCCUUCCACUUAAUGAUCGCGCUUGCUCGUAUUGGGGACGUGCUAGGAGAAACGGUGGAGGUGGAUCUUGACUAUGGAAAGAUUAACGUGGUUGUCGAUAGUCGUAAGGAGCUGUGUUUUGACACGACGGUGGACUUUUGUCCACUCAUCACAAAGAGUCCACCAAAGAAGAAGGAGGUUAGGGAGUUGCCUCUAGCCAGACAAGAAGAUAGACCUAGGAGCUACAAAGGUUUGGUUAUAAAUGGAGAGGUAGAACAUCAGGCAAAAGGAAAGGAUCAUAGAGAUUACUAUGGGAAGGGAAAAGGGAAGAUGUAUGAGAAGCAGGAGUCCAAAUGGGUAAAGGCACCGGAGAGAGGAAGCUUUAGGAAUUAUGCUUACCGCAACAACCAAAGAGGAGAUGAUGGAGGUUCUAGACACAGGGGCGAUCGGGGUGACCGAACCAGAAGAUUCAGUACGAUGGAGAACUUCAGUUCUGCUCGGGGAGUGCGACGCGGUACUUGUCCACGAGCUGGAGGAGCAGAGGAUGCAUGGGAAGAGGGAGAUAUUCGCCAUCAGAAUCACAGAACAGCUCAGCGAAUUGAUGAAGAGCUUCCGCCUUCACUACCGUUGCAGGGGAAUGAGGCUCAUUCCACAAGCACUCAGAUAGAAGAUCCUAAGGUAAAUUCGGUUCUGGAAAGUGAGGAGAACGGGUUAGACGUGGUCAAUGAAUUUUUAGAUUCUGAGAAUAAUAAUGGGGAAGAAGAUAUGAUGGAGUUAGGGGAUGAACAAGUUAAUCUAGGUGGAGAGGACGUGGAGAAUGCUAGUGGUGAGGAAAACUUUCAGAAUCUCACGGAUGGAGAAGUUGAGGAGAGCAAUGAUCAGGUUGACGAAGUACUGGGAGAUAUCAAGGAGGACGACAUUAAAGUUGGUGGAAUGGACGAAAAGGAUACAGCUGUUGGCGAGGAGGACAAGAAGAAGGGGGCGCACAGAGGUCUCCGUAAGCCGAGCUUGGUUGUAUAA